AUGACAACGGAUUCAGUGGAACAGUGGGACCUGACGUCCCACGUGUCGCCGCAAUUGGAUCGACACAUGAUGUUUCCUCUCUUGGAAUACUUGGACAGUCUCAUCAUUGCCGGCACUGUCUCUUACUCAUCCAAGGAUAUUGCUGCGGCACGUUUGUCCUUACUCAGGCCCACACACAUGGUUGAUUAUGCCAUUGAUAUCUACAAGGAACUUCAUGGGGAAGACUCGGCUGUGCCACCCGAAAUGGAAGAACAAAAGACCAAGGUAUACGAACGGCUCGAAGAGUUGAGAGGGGCUUGUGAACCGUUUGACAAGCUCUGUCGAAAUGAAACAGAGAGGGCCAAGUUGAAUGCUGGUGGCAAGUGGAAUGUGGAGUCCCUUUCCAACUCCACCGAUCAAGGCAUUACGCCAGAAAUGGUGGAAGCUUACCGCGAAUUGGCGCGCUACAACUUUGACUGCGGAGACUACCAGGCAUCUCGAGACAUGCUCGAAAACUACAUCUCCCUUUUUGCCAAGGCACCAGCGCCCUCGGCCAAAAAUGAUGAUGACGACAUGAUGGGAGAUAACCGCCGACAGCACAAUCAAAACAACGACAAAGACUUUGGAAAUCCAUCCAUCUACUACUUGACAACCAUCAAUACAAACUUGUUGCAAGUUCUCUGGGGUCGUCUCGCUUGUGAAAUCCUCGUGGAAGAUUGGGAAGCUGCCAGUGUCGCCUUGGAUGCCGUGAAAAAUGCAAUGGAGUCCUUGGUAGCGUCCGAGCAGAUCACUUCCUUGGUGGCUCUUCAGCAGCGAACUUGGCUCCUACAUUGGUCGCUCUUUGUGUACUGGAACAAUUCCGCCAAGGGUGGGCUGGAGCAUCUUGUGGAACUCUUUCACUCGGAGCGAUUCAAGCAAGCCAUUACCACGAAUGCCCCACAUUUGUUGCGCUACUUGACUGCGGCUGUUCUUCUUUGCAAGCGCCGCGUCACAAAAAAGGCUGCAGCUGGAUCCAACUUUGAGGCGCGUCGAUUGAUGAAGAAUCUCAUCAAUGUGAUGCAGGACUGUGAAUACACGGACCCAAUUGUGGAGUUUGUCAAUUGCUUGUGUGUCAAGUUUGAUUUUGAGUCGGCACAGACCAAACUAGCUGAGUGUGAAAAGGUCCUGGCCACGGAUUUCUUUUUGUGCCACCAAACAGCCUUGUUCAUGGAAGAAGCAAGGGUCUUUGUAUUUGAGAAUUACUGUAGGAUCCACAACAAGAUUGAUUUGCAAGCACUGGGGGAAAAGUUGGCCAUGGAUCAGGAUCAGGCGGAACGAUGGAUCGUGGAUUUGAUCCGUAAUGCUGAUCUGGAUGCAAAGAUUGAUUCGGAGGAAGGGUGCGUCGUCAUGGGUGGAAGCCCCCAGAGCAUUUAUGAGCAAGUCAUGGAUAGAACAAGGGACUUGAAUGUCCGCAGUGCUACUUUGGCGACAAACCUCAAUAAUGUGUUGAACGAAGCCCGAAAAGAAAAGGCCAAGCGCGAGAGAGAUGCCCGUGAAGAAGAUUGA